AUGCCGAAGGCGGCCACAUCAGAAUACAGGGCUCGGAGGCCAGUCACUCGAGUCCAGAUGAAGAGCACGGCGCGGCCGUCGCAGGAGGAGUCCGAGUCGGGAGCGGAGGAGUCGGUGUUAUCGACUGUGAGUAUGUCACAACUCGUCACCUACAAGCCGUCGCUUAGGGCGCGACGGUUUGUCGCGCAUGCACGCAGGUGGAACGCAGGCUUUGAGAGUGAUGACGAGGCUGCGAUUGAUGUGCGCGAGCAUGUUCGCCUACUACAUCUCGCGGCCGACAUGAUUGAAGAGCAAUUAGACGUCGCGGAUCCACAGUUCAUCGAGAACGCUAUGCGCGCGACCCGCUCGGCAGCAAGGUGGGCUCGAGAUAUCGAGGAGCACGAAAAGCGCCUUGCCAUGCCUACGAAUGCCCACGAACGCGGGCAGGCACUGUCCCCGAAUAUUAUCGGCUACAAGUACAACGCAGGACGCUGA